UUCUUUGAUCUCUAGUUGAGAUCGCUGGAUUCUCCCUAACUAUUCUAUUCUGGUUAUCCCAUUUCGAGAUCUCGCAUUUCUGUCUCCUUGAGAGAUUGUUGUACUGUUUGGUGGUGGUUUCUUCUCUUCUGUAGGCAUUGCCACUGUGAGAGUUGCCGGCGAGGGAGAGGAAGCGGGAGGUGGGACGGGAUACCUGAAGCGGACGAAACGAGGCCGCUAAGAUGUCGCGCGCCGGCGAGACGGACCGGCCGGAGCAGGGAUGCGGUUCAGUUUCGUUGUCUCCAGGGCGGAUCCAACCCGUGGUCGAAAGGUUCAAGUCCGCGCUCAACGUGGAGGAGAACAAACCUGACUUCCCCGACAUCGGGUCCCCCGUCUCCCCUCUCCGGCCUCGCAACCCAUCCCAGAGCAGCAGCUUCUCCAGUUCCUCUGGACCCGCUUCAGCGAAGACCUUGACGCAUGCCUCCGUUGCCCACCUGGUCUCAAAUCCUGGCGCCGCUGUGGCCGGCGUCGGGAAGCGGAGUCACUCCGGUGAGCUCUCUGGUGAGACCAGCCCGAUAUCCAUGGAAUUAAGAAAUGUGAGAAGUCCCUUCCACCGUCGAUCGGGUUCUGGGCCGCAGAUCUACUCCGGCGGCAGUGGCAGUAGCAGUAGCAGUAGCGGCGGCGGCGGCGGUAGUAGCACGGCCAGCUCUCCCGUCGCCAAUGUGCUUCCUGCGGGGAACAUCUGCCCCUCAGGGAAGAUCGGGAAGACCGGAAUGAUGCAGAGGACGACGCCAAGAAACGAUGUGCUUGGGUCGGGUACUGGCAACUAUGGCCAUGGCAGCGUAAUCCGGGGUGCAGUUGGUAGCAGAGAGAAAUUGGAGGGUUCGAACCCAAAGAGAGACAUGGGCAGAAUCGAUACCGAGGAACUAACAAAGGCCGGGAAUGAGCUCUACAAGAAGGGGCUGUAUGCAGAUGCUCUUGCCCUUUAUGAUAAAGCGAUUGCCACGUUCCCGAAAAAUUCUGCAUGCCGGAGCAAUCGUGCGGCGGCUCUUGUGGGGCUCGGAAGGGUAGGAGAAGCAGCAAGAGAAUGCGAGGAGGCAGUCCGAUUGGAUCCGACAAACGUGCGGGCGCAGCAUCGGCUAGCAUCUAUAUACAUACGGUUAGGGCUUGUUGAUGUUGGAAGGAAACACCUUUUCUUGGCUGGACAUCCGCCCGAUCCUGUUGAGUUGCAGAAGUUGCAAGAACUAGAGAGAAACUUAGGGUUCUGUGAAGCUGCAAGGAGGAUAGGCGAUUGGAAGAGUGCAUUAAGGGAAGCUGAUACUGCAAUUGCUGCAGGAGCAGACUCUUCUUUGCUGUUUGUUGCGUUGAGGGCAGAAGCUCUCCUCAACCUUCAUCAGUUUGAUGAGGCUGACUCAAACUUGACGAGAUCUAAAAUUGAAGAUUCAAUCCACGUAGUCUCAGCUACCAAAGUCUUUGGCAUGCUUUCCCUUUCUUAUUUCUACAUUGUUAAAGCGCAAGUUGAUAUGACAUUGGGAAGGUUUGAGAAUGCAGUAACAGCUGCUGAAAAGGCCAGGCAGAUAGAUGCUAGGAGUGUAGAAGUGACAACAGCAUUAAACAACAUAAGAUCAGUAGCAAGAGCUCGGACUCAGGGAAAUGAGCUCUUUAAGUCUGGAAAUUUUGCAGAGGCCUGCACAGCUUAUGGGGAAGGACUGAGGUCCAGUCCUUCAAACCCGGUACUUCUAUGCAACAGAGCAGCUUGCCGUUCGAAGCUUGGACAGUGGGUUAAAUCUGUGGAGGAUUGCAAUGAAGCUUUGAGACUCCAACCUAACUACACUAAGGCUCUUCUCAGACGAGCGGAUUCCUAUGCCAAGCUUGAGCGCUGGGCUGAAGCUGUACGAGAUUAUGAAGCACUGAGGAAAGAACUUCCAGGGGACAAUGAUGUCGCUGAAGCCUUAUUCCAUGCCCAGGUUGCACUAAAGACUUCUCUUGGUGAGGAUGUCUCUAACUUGAAGUUUGGUGGAGAUGUUGAGGAAGUUACUAGUGUGGAACAAUACCAAGCAGCUGUAUCAUUACCGGGAUCUUCAGUUGCCUACUUCAUGACAGCUUUAAAUUCACAAUGCACUCAACUAUCCUCUUUUCUUGAUGCUAUGUGCAGCCGUCAUCCAUCUACAAACUUUAUCAAGGUUGAUAUCAACCGUAGUCCUGCUGUUGCAAAGGCUGAGAAUGUUAGGAUAGCCCCUACAUUCAAGAUCUACAAAAAUGGAAGAACAGUCAAGGAGAUAAUCUGCCCUAGCCAACAAAUGUUGGAGUCAUCGGUGAGCCACUACAGUCUUUAAGGUGACAGAAGCUAUUUUGAUAGAUCCUGGAAAAUUCACAGAACUUGAUCUAGGAACUGAGAUACAAAGUAGCUGUUUUGUGUCAAAGAGUGAACUUGAGUCGAAAAAGAAAGAGCUCAAGUUUUCCACCUUUACUUUUACUUUGCUUCAUCCUCUUGUCAAUUGACCCAUUUUUUCUUACCAUUUUCUGCUCCAUUAAUAUAUCCAAUCUCAUUCCUUGUCAGUCCACCUUUAUUUUCCCUACAUACCUGUGCCUGCAUUUGAGUAGUGAAGUGGAUAAUUGUUCAGUGCAUGUAUAUACAGCAUACGAAUAGAACAUUGGAAGCUGAAGAUGGGAGGGGCGGGAAGGAAAGAAGGGAGGAGGGGGAAGGGGUUCAUUGAUUUUUUUUUCCCUUGUUGCAUUGUUGUGCUACCACUUCUAUGAAAUAAAACAACUUUAUGAAUUCUUUCUCCUUCCACAA